AUGAAACUGCAACUCUACCUCCUUCUGCUCACCGCCAUCGUUUUGGGUACCGCGAUGGACGGCGCCAGGGUGAACGCAGUAGACAGUGAACAUUCUCAUGUGGAGGAGGAGAUCCCAUUGACUGGUGUUCGAGGCGGUGGUCGCUGGGGUGGUGGUGGUGGUCGCUGGGGUGGCGGCGGUGGUCGCAGGUGGUGAAUUUAAUGCGACCUACGAUGUAGCCUCUGAGGCCCAUAGUAUUUACUUUUUCCCCUCUCUCUGUUGGAUCUACUAAAUGCUAUCGUAGUUUAAAUAAAUGUUGACAAUGACUUCACUGACUUCUUCCGUCCCUGGCUUUUGUUUAAGACUUCCAACAGGCGGUCAGUAGUAUAUACAUAGAUCACAGGACAUACCAUGCUUGACACCAUAGGUAUUUGAAACAAGCAUAGACAGCAGAAUUAAUUGGAAGUAAUAAAUUUCGCGACGGCUUAUCAAGUGCAGCCUGUCGUUGCAUAACAGAGAUAACAAGUGAGAAAGAUACAGAGAUUUGACCUUCCAAAGAGAAAAUCAAUAUAAAACAGCAAGGUCAUCAGGCAUACCACGGGAAUAUCCUCCCAAUCGGGUUAUCAAAAGCCAGUUUGUUUUGUGGCGGGAGGUGGCCACGGACCGGCUGAAUGUCAUAACCACAAAUGACAGGAAGUCGCAGCGGCCCCUGUUGCGCCUUGUGUUUAGCUCCCUCUGCCGCUUUAGAUGCUUCAAGACUGAUUAUUGGUUAUUGAAAACCUCGGCUCACUCUAACGUGCCUCAAGAAUUAUGAGAAUUACAUACAUUAGAUGAAUAGCGGUAGCGGUCAGUUGCAAUUAGUAGAGAUCCCUCCCCACACUGUGAUACUGUCGUACUAGUCUCACACCUGCUCGAGAUGUACAAAUAGCUGCAGGUGUACUAAAUUCGGAGGAUUGCAGCCCAUUAGGCGAAUUGGGGAUUCGAGGUUAGACGGGUUUCCGCAGUUUAGCUGGCAUCCAAAGGUCGAAGAGAUUUCCAGUUCCUCAGUUCCUUUAAUGAAAAGGUAGUUCAGUACUUUGAGGUAGACAAAUUCGUCUUUUCUUUUAGGCCGUCGUCUAGAUCAUUUGCUUACUAGUGUCAAGUCCGCGCAGUCGUGUUGGAUCGGCCAAAUACCAGGGAGAAUAUUUUUGCAUCUCGUGGCAUAGAUUUUAGUGUUAUCACGUACCGUGGCCAAUACAAGCUAACUGGAAGUGAUGUGUGCUGCUGGCUACUCAAGAUCAACAUGAUUCGUAGACGCAGGCUCUCUCGUGAACCAAAAUGAUCACUUGGCAGGAGGAGGAUUGUGAAACACUUAAAAAAACCGUAUUUAGAAUCUGUACAGGUAAAGUAAGUACUAGACGGAGUUCUUUUGUUCAGAUUCGAUUUCCAGGACAGAUGACCGUACUGUUGCUGGGGAUUCAUUGUUUGUCAUGAAACUAGCCGAAGUUUCCCGCCAUAUUCCUUACGGCUUCUGACAUGACAUCGCCUGGCCUACCUUCUCACUUUUGUGCCUUCAGGGCAUACAACUUCAAUCAGUGAUUACUCAUAGGUAUCCAUCGAUCAUUAAUAACUGUCGGACGUGAUUGAUUUCGUGCUCCAUAGAGUUGUGAAGACCCAGGUGGCAAUCUAAAACAACAACCAGGGCACUGAUUUAACUUAAACUACUUCGAGUUUGACCAUGAGAGUAACGAUCACACUACAAGAGAGCUGUCGUUAAUUUUUCAUGUGGUCGCUCUAGACGACACCAAGACGCUAAUAUCAGGAUGCAUAAAAAGGGGUGGUCUGGUUUUGAUCCAAAUUCUAAUUCCUGGAAUCGACACUUAUUUCUGCUCUAUGUAGCUUCGAUUUCAUGCUAAAUUCCAAAUCUAACACCCUAGGUCGACUUAGGCAUACAUUUAUCCUACUGCCAGAGGUCUUGCAUUUGUCUGUUAAGCUGUCGAAACGUUUGUCCACGUUCAUAGCUCGGACUGUCACUCGAAGUUAUAGGGAAACUACGCAUGCUUGCGACUGGGGACUCCAUUGUUAUUCCGUCCUUAUGUAGAAUGCACCAUUCUGAAUCUGUCGUUCGGGUUGAUAUUAGAAGUUACAUCUCUUGCUUCUAGCUGUCCUCUGAAUUUCGCGACCAGGAACUGAGUCUUCAGAUUACAUUGUCCCCCGUGGCCAGAUGCUGCCUGUCGGGUUGAAUCUAAGAUACAUUUUAACUCUAUCAAGAUAUGCAAAAAUAUUUGACUUUACAGGGCUCGUUUCGGAAGUAAACUACACAAAACCGCAGAUAUAAGACUGUAAGCAAGUCCUCUUAUGAAACAAUGUGCACAAACCCUCAUGAGCAUCGAUGGACGGUUUUCAAUAGGGCCCGAAUGGCAAGGGUGACUUUGGUGCGAUUGUAAAUUAUGCAGAAGCUCCAUGUUAAUGCAUCAGCUGUUGAAUGUCAGCCUCUUUUCAAGGAAAUUUCGAUGCGUGAAUACACCUUAGCACAGCAAGUAACCGAUCUCAUGAAAUGUUGGUCAAAAUUCUGAGAUGCGUUUUCGAUUAAGAAAAAUUACAGAGGUGAGGUUGUAAUACUGAUUAUCAUGCAGUAUAAUCAUAUCAUAUUUCGGACUUUCCAGGAUGUGGGCUCCUGAAUGCACUUCUUUUCGACCGCUUGUAGAAACCGCACUCGGUAAAAAAUGACUACACUGGUAGCAUGCAUUUUUCACAUCGAUUUUCGAUGGCCGUAUAAAUUCAAAUUUAUUUCAUAGAGAACGUGUAUAAAAAUAGAUCUUAUAUUUGCUCAUCAUUGUCUUUACAUUUCGUACCCAAAGAAAAGUUUUAUCUUGGCUUUUAAAAGUUUAUAAUUAUGAAGUUUUUAAGACCGUACGAUGUCCAUACAUACAGCACCACACAUGCCUGUUCGCCAAUGCUACCCAUUAAAUAUACGACAUAGUCCGCAUGCAUUGCAAAAUUUCAUGAAUUCUUUAUGAUAUCUUUCUAAAGGCUAGAGGAGUAUAUGAUUUCCCUUACGCGGACAGCAUGCACCUUGCAGACUGAAAUCGCUAAAUGCUAAUGCAACGGCUAGUCAGGCUCGAUAUUAUUCGGUAAUUGGAAAACUUUUUCGAAACUGAAAUAUGCAUAUUCUUCGGGCAUAUAAUGCGAAUAGAAUGUAAUUUUCUACCAAAACGAAUAAAAGAAAGAUACAUUGCGUGCGUUUUCUAUAAAAUAUAUUUAAAUUUGUAAGACCAUCGAAAUUCAAUGUGAAAAAUGCAUGCUACCAAUGUAGUCAUAUUUUACCGAGUGUGGUUUCUACAGGCGGUCGAAAAGAAGUGCAUUCAGGAACCCACAUACUGGCAAAUCCGAAAUAUGAUAUGAUUAUACUGCAUGAUAAUCAAUAUUACAACCCCACCUCUGUAAUUUUCCUUAAUCGAAAACGCAUCUCAGAAUUUCGACCAACAUUUCAUGAGAUCCGUUACUAUCUGUAGAUGGUGGAAUGUUCAGCAGUUAUCAGGACGCACCGUUUUUUACAUCAUGAACUUUGUUGCCUUGUUCGUUUUGGGGAUGGUAAUGCAUCUUAAUCAGCUGGAAUGAUGAGUGUUAGACCGACGUAUGCUAGUUUCCAUCACCAGAUACAUGUCAGAAAGGGGAAAUAUGAAAGAAACUGGAUUUACUGAGGCCGUCGGGUCUCGCGACAAAUUUUUAAACAGCGGAAAUUCAUGUAAACCUGAAAAUACCACGUCCGGAUUAGAGGUUUAUUCAAAAAGUGUGAAAGUUAACUUUUGCGGGUCAUAGGCGCUACGGAUAUUGUUUACUUUAGGUCAGUCUCAGAUUAACCUAACGGACAACAGAAAAAUUAAACCUUGUUAACAGAGUCUGGUCUGCCUCUUGGCAGAGCUAUCCGAGUUCUGUCAUCGAAAUUACUGGCCGCCGACGACUGGACAAAAGGAAUGCGACAGAUGUGUUUAUUUUGCAUCUACCUUAUACUUUGGGCAGAGUCGAACGUGUUGACUGUCGUGCGCCUGGAAAACGACUAACAUCACUAUCUUCAUCACGAGGUCCUGCAGAGUGAACUCAUAUGAACCCACUGAGGCUCGCCGCAUUCAUGCCAGCUAGUCUCGUUUGAUACAUUAGGCCAAAGAAACCUAUUUCAUUAAAUAUUCUCAAAGUUUGUUCGUCCCUGCCAUCUUGUUUAGCUCUCUGCUGACGGAAACUUUUAUUACAAAGACGAAGCGUUUUCUGCCAGGCGUUGUUUAACACCUUACAGCCAACCUCUUCUCCUACCGAGAAUCAUCAUAUUCAUACCACCUGGUCAUGGGUAAGACAUUAGGCACACGAAACCCAUUUUACAAAAUAUUCUCAAGAUUUACUCGAACCAGCCGGCGGAGUCAUCACCGUCUUCAUGACGACCAUGGCAUAGAAAUGUACGCUGGUAGGACCAACACGUUCCUAUAACUGCUGAAUAUCGCGUUAUCCGAAACUUCUGAUUUUCGGGAUUGAGCGCAGCACAAAAUGAAUAGGUAGGCAAUGAUUCGGGGGUAGGUUCGUUGUCGAAAUUAAUGGAUAAGAGCGGUGCAGUGCUAGACUCCUUAUGCCGGCUUUAACCUGCCUGUUUCUUAUUUUAACAGCCAGACUGGCAGAACAGUCGCCUCUGCGCGAAGUCCUCAGAUUAGGGGCUAAUAAAAAGUAUAAGUUGAACUUCAUAAAGGGAAAUGCUACUCCAUUCGGCACUCAGCGACCUCAUAGUGUCGAAUUUGGCUACAAGCAGUGAAACCUUGGCUGGGAAAUUCAGAGAUGAUUCCAAAUAUACGACGCGUCUUUGAAGACGCUGUAUUUGUGAAUACUCGGGGAUGGUAUCCAAUAAUGGCCAAUACACGUCACUCUAUGAUAGGCGUCAUUUCAACUUGUUAGUUUAAUCUCGUUUAGAUACAGUCAUUAAUUUUGUUGGAGAUAUUUUUUUCGGCCUAUAUGUUGCUCGUGGUUGAAAUGAACGGUAUUUAUUAAUAGGAAGACGUACACAAUCCACUUCACACAUUUGUCUUUUAGUAUAUCACAUUCUAAAUAGCAUUAGCAAGAAAGAUAAGGGGGACUGGAAUGGCCUUUUUGGCUCAUUAGCCGUCGCCAGCCAGUUAUACCCAACCCCGAAGUGUGUAACAUUUCGGGGUGAGCUCUCCUCUACCAUUAUAUCAUAUCCUGUUCCAAUUGCACGACUGAAGGAAUUUUGUUUGCCCGUUUUAAAAUGGUGCAACAAAUAACUCUGUUUUGAAAAGCCCUAAAGGUUUAUAUGUCAAGUCCUCUUCUCUUGAAGAUAUUUUAUGGAGUUCAAAAAAUGAUGAAGUAGAUAUGCGUCCCGGUUUGUACUUUGCACUCACGACGCGUCAGCCGCUUGAACCCACAUUCCGCAUCAGACGGCUGACCGACUCGAACAGAGGACCGCUACUUUGAAAAUGGGAGGGAGAGCUAGGUCGAUUCUGAAUUUUCCAUCUCCACGCCUCUCCAGGGCAUUUCUCACCGUCAACAAUCUGAUGCCCUCUGGAACUGCUGUGACGCGCUAAAUUCGUAACAAAAUAUCACGGUCCUCUCAGGUUAGACAGUCCGGCUGAAUGUGGCCUCUGCGACACUUCCACUGGGGUGAGAUCGGAGCCAACCACUUCUCCUGUGAAAACCUGGUCCAGGCGCGUCUGGCACUCUGCCCAAUCCAGCUUCCGAUCGUCCUGUACUGGCACCAGACCCAGGUGGUGGAGGGUAGGGAGAGAGUGGGUCAGAUGUUGCGUAUGGCUAUUAUCAAUGUAAACUAGUUCGACGUACUGCACCCACCAUCUCGUGAUGCAUAAAAUGGACACUGUCGUUCGCGGCGGUUGAACUGACGAGUGUGUGGGUACAUUGUCUGUUCAUCCUCACGGUUUAAUACGACUACAUUUAGGUAUCAGAAACAGAUGGGAGUUAAUGGGGCUUUUGUGAGCGGCUUAAAAGAUGCUCAGACGAGAACUAGGGUGCCACAGGUCAUGAACUGAGCUAACAUGACAGCGAGGGCGACGUGAUCGUUUCAUUGCAAUUUGCAGACUUCAGACGAUAUUUCUUGAGUUUGAGCACAUAGUGCACUAUCCUGUGCUUAGUAGUUCGAAUCAGAACUCUCCGUAUGAACGACUAUGCUAAACAUAGGAAAAGCAUGGGGAUAUAAACUGGGCCAGCAGACGCUAUUCCACGCCUUCCCAACGCAUGGUCAUUACUCGAAGUGCCUAAUGCAAGUUGAGCGACUAACAUACCAUAACGGCCCUUUAGCUGAGUCCUGUUAGCAUCGAGCCGACAAAGGGUGGACGAAAUGAAGCUGCAGUUCUGUUGAAUUCUAUCUACUAUCCUCGUUGUAAAUAUUUCGAUUAACGGUACCAGGACGGCCGUGUUUGUUCUACUGAUGUUCUAGCCUGAGUAUGGACGUGAUAUGUUGACUUCAGCUACCUUACAUAGUUAUCUCGCUCUUUCUCUCUCUCUCUCUCUCUUGCCUCACCAUUAGUCCGUCUAAAACCUCCAGACGACUGGGGCUGCGACUGGCCACGUUGCCUGGUGUGGUAAUAGUCGAAGGACCGCGUAGGUUCAACGUGGCCCGACGAACAUGAAAUAUGAGAUGAUAGGACCCCGUUUUGACCUAGCGCAAGAGCUGCGCGGCGAGUUUUGAGGACCUUUUACCACUGCCACUACUACUCUUCUUCUUACUACUACUAGUACUACUACUACUACUACUACUACUACUACUACUACUACUACUACUACUACUACUACUACUACUACUACUACUACUACUACUGCUACUACUACUACUACUACUACUACCACUACUACUACUACUACUACUACUACUACUACUACUACUACUACUGCCAUGAAUAUCAGCAGUAA